AACCGAGGCGCAGUUCAUGCCGUUGGUGGGUGGCUGUGUUUGAAUGGGUGGUGUUGCCUUUUAAUUUGAUUUUCGUGAGCGAUUGGAAACUGCGGCGUUCACGUGUUUGUGCUCUAUUUUCUGUCCAUCAUUGAAAUUCCCUUUUCCUCCGUACACGUGAGUGGUUUGUGAGACCACUAAUUAAGAGUCAGCAAGGUCGGUUUAUACAUUUGAUACAGGAAGCCUGGGUUUCAGAGAAGAUGAAUGGACAGGAGAGAAAUAAUACCAAAGUGUUUGUUGCAAAACCUUCAGGAGAAAAUCUCUCAUCUGGAGAAAGUUCAAAUUUGGUACCUACCACUGAAGGGAUGACAGACUUUCCAGAUUACUUCAAUCAACUUGAUCUAUUAGAGACACAUAGACAUCUGAUACCUAUGGGGACGCAAAGCAUGUGGCCUGGAGAAUCAGAGGAGGAAGAUGAGACUGAGAGUGAUUCGGAUUUUAAAAAGAAAGAGAUGGAGUUGGAAAAUGACCCAGCAAGUCUGUUACUCUGGGCAUCUCAGAAAAAUCAGGUUUCAAUAGUGAGCAGACUUCUCUCUGAAAAUCCCAGUCUGGUGAAUGUUAAAGAUGAUGACGACUACACACCACUACAUAGGGCUGCCUAUAGUGAUCAUAUAGAGGUGGUUCGUGAGCUGAUAGCUCAUGGAGCUGAUGUGCAUGCUCGCACUGUUGAUGGCUGGACACCUUUGCACAGUGCUUGUAAAUGGAACAAUGCAACAAUAGCCUCGUUUCUUCUACAGCAUGAUGCAGAUAUCAAUGCCCAAACAAAUGGUUUGCAGACUGCAUUGCAUCUUGCUUCAGGAAGUAAAGACACAAAGGAAACAAUUGAAUUGUUGUUAAUGAAUCGCUAUCUCAAUUCAGACUUAAAAAAUAACUUGGGUGAGACAGCGUAUGAUGUUGCACGGAGAACAAGUAUUUACUAUUGCCUCUUUGAAAUUACAGAACACUGCACAAAUUCUGUACCUGAGCCUCUAUGAUCUAUUUAAUGUAGAUUUGUAAGUUGUAUCAUUCACCUGAACAUCAAAACAUAUGGCUAUUAAUGGCCAAGAAACCUAUUUGAUUCAGAAAUUAAGGAUAUAUUUUGAAGCUUGAAGCAGUGUUUGUUUGAUUUUGAUAUUCAUACUAAUUUGUUAUCACUUUAGAAAGUGUCUUUGCAGUGGAAGAAUGUAAAUAUCCUCUUUCUUUCAGUGUUUGCAUCCCCUUUGUAAUGGGUUUAAAAACUGCAACCAGUUGUCUUGAAACACUAAGCUGAAAUCCUGUUUGCUGUUUCAGGUGGACAUGAAGCAUCACAUCACUAUUCAGUAAGAGAGAGCUACUGUAUUCAACAUGCCUAUAUUAUCUGGUCAUAGUCACAUUGCUGUUUAAAGGAUUGUAAUGUGCAUAAAAUGGUAUUUCAAAAGUACUUAAUUGACAAAAGCAUUUUGUGAUCUGUUUGUGAAAGGCACCACCUAAAUGUAAAAUUUAAAUUUUACAAUCUUACCACAUUUCCCACAGCUGGAGGAUGGAGAAAGCUGAGUUAAUCAGGAAAGUGCAGUUAAGAUCCAGGUAAGCUGAUCAGACUUAAUGGAGAAGGCUCAAGGACGAAAUGGCUUAUGCCUGCUGUUUGUUUUUAUUAUCUCCUAAGUGACACUGAGUUGCUGGUGUGGGAACCGGAAAAUGUUACCAAAGGUACGCUUUCAAAAUCUGGUUUGCCAUAUUGACCAUUGACCAGGUAGAUGGAAUGGUUUUGAAGUAUUGUCAGUGUUGCAAUGUAGGGAAUUUGAAUAUUAACAGCUAAUCUUUAAUCACAUUUGUCCUUUCCUUUAAAAAUGUUGUACCAUUAAUGCUUUUGAGAUGUAGUUGUUGUAGAUUUUUCAAACCAUUUUUAAGUGUCUUUCAUUUUUAAAAAGUGAACUUAUGACUAGAUAUCAGUGAGUGACAACAAAGUUAAUAUAACACUACCUCAACACCAGAACCCCAAAACAUUUCUGUUGAAAAACACAGCUGGAAAAUUGGCUAAGGUCAAAAUAGAAUACCAGAGGCUUUUUAAAAUUAUUCACUGAGAAAUUUCCAUUUAAGACAAGUGACCAGGAAUGAUUACACUCUAACAAUCCAUGGAAUUUUUUCUGUCAAGGGUGUUUUCUAGACUGAGAUGGAUAGAUUUUUAGUCAUAAGGGAAUUGAGUUAUAGGAGAGAUUGCUACCUUUUUAAAUUUCUGCCUAACUCUGUAAU